CCAGCCACUAUUGACCUAUCCACCACCGCCAUUCACUUAUUCACCAUCCGGCUUCCCGCCGAGAUUCUCGCCUUGAAAGGGACACGCGAGCGAAGUUGCCCCGUCGCGCGGUGCACUCUUCGACUUUGGCAACGGACCGGCUGCCUCGAGCCUCGGGCGUGCCUGUGCAUGCUAUUUCUUCGACUCGGUCCCGUUCUCGUGGGGUACUUUUGGCUAGGUCCCAUAAACUGGCCUUCUACAAGGUAAUGUUGGAGUGCCUGGUUGACGGGAGGUAUAAAUGCUUGCGGUGAGGGGCGUGAACCGCGUCGUACUUCCCUGCAGCAAGCGCACUUGUCAUGUUCAACCUGCUUCAGCUCAUUUCUCUCUCCUUGGUCGUCAGUCAGGUGCUCGCUGUGGCGACGUGGGGUCAAUGUGGUGGCCAAGGAUGGAGCGGGGAGACCACUUGCGACUCCGGCUCGACCUGCGUCAAGAUCAACGACUACUACUCGCAAUGCCAGCCCGGCACCGUCGUGACCACGCCCGUGACCACGCCGGCGACCCCGACUUCGACGAGCCCUGCUAAUCCAGCGCCCGCUGCUUCCGGAUUGAACGCGGCAUUCACCGGCCACAGUGGCAAGCUUUUCUUCGGUUCCUGCGCGGACAGCAACACGCUCAACAUCGCGAAGAACGCGGCGAUCCUGCAGUCCGACUUCGGCGGCGUCACGCCCGAGAACUCGAUGAAGUGGGAUGCGACGGAGCCGAGCCAGAACCAGUUCAACUUCGGUGGCGCGGACACGUUGGUGAACUGGGCGACGACGAACGGGAAGAAGAUUAGGGCGCACACUCUCGUGUGGCACUCGCAACUUCCCGGAUGGGUCUCGUCCAUUGGGUCUUCGUCGACUCUCACCUCUGUGAUCCAGAACCAUAUCAAGAACGUCGCUGGGCGCUACGCUGGCAAGGUGUACGCUUGGGACGUCUGCAACGAGAUCUUCAACGAGGACGGCUCGCUCCGUGACAGCGUCUUCUCCCGCGUGCUCGGCGAGCAAUUCGUCACGAUCGCCUUCACGGCCGCGCGCUCUGCGGAUCCGGAUGCGAAGCUCUAUAUCAACGACUACAACCUGGACUCGAACAACGCCAAGGUUCAGGGCAUGGUCAGCCUUGUAAAGCGCGUCAACGCCAACAGCCAGCUCAUCGACGGCGUCGGCACUCAAAUGCAUCUUUCGUCUGGCGGUAGCGGCGGUGCGCAGGCUGCGCUCACAGCGCUCGCGUCCACUGGCCUCGAAGUCGCCAUCACGGAGCUCGAUAUUGCUGGCGCGUCCGCAUCCGACUACUCUAACGUCGUAAAGGCCUGCCUCGCCACCACGAACUGCGUUUCUAUCACCGUAUGGGGUGUCAGCGACGCGAACUCGUGGCGCUCGGGCACUUCGCCGCUGCUUUUCGACAACAACUACAACCCGAAGCCGGCGUACACGGCUGUUAUGCAGGCGAUGGCUUGAGGGCUCGCGGCUUGCGCGACUGGUUUGACAAGGGCUCAAGGGAUCUUCUGGGUAAUACUGGCUGUUGUAACACUGACUAUUGGAUAUACGCGAGGAAUACGAAGGUGAUCGCGGGAUUUGCCGAGCCAAUGCAUGUUUGUCUCUGUUGCCCAACAACAUCAAGAUCGCGCUCUUCUCGUUCCAGCAGGCUUUGGCCCGUUCACUCUGUCGAUUUCCCGUGAUUUACGCAACAUUGAAGUUCUUUUUGGC